AUUCAAACCAGACUCUAAAAAAAACUCCCCACUGCACUGAAUGCCUAUGUCCACCAGAGUGUAAAUAAGCAGCAGUGCAUGCAGACUCCCUCUUGCACACCAUGCCUGCGCUUUAUCGGAUACUUCUACUGUUCUCUGUGGUAAUAGCCUCUAUGGCACUGCAGAGCCCCCCACGGACUAAGAGAGGGCUACUGGAGCUGGCAGGAGUCAUCAAGUGCAGCACAGGCAGAUCAGCCCUGGCUUAUAUGAUGUAUGGCUGCUACUGUGGACUGGGGGGUCAGGGCUGGCCCAGGGAUAAAGCAGACUGGUGCUGUCACAAACAUGACUGCUGCUACGGAGAUGCAGAAAUUGCUGGUUGCCAAACCAAGACAAGAAAGUAUCAAUGGACAUGUGAAGACAGGACUGCAGAAUGUGAUGAUCUCAAGGACAAAUGUGAGAAGAUUCUCUGCAAAUGUGACAGGGAGGCAGCCAAAUGCUUGAGAAAGGCACCUUUCAUCCGGAAAUAUGCUAUGUGGCCAGACUUUCUCUGUGGGUGUACACUGCCAACGUGUAAUAUCUACUGAUUCAAUAAAUGUACACUUGUUGAUUUUUA